GACAACUCCUGCAAAGUCGGUAUCCAUUGACACAAUGGAUUCAAAAUCGGGGCGGGUAUUCUUCGAGACCUGCUCUUUUGCCCUCUCCUCGUCAACCUUCUUGGCUUGGGCCACCCUCUAUAGAUCUACUCACAAGGAGUUACAAGUCAGCCUUUCAUUGGGGCAU